GCUUAAUCGUUGGAAUUUCCAGACACCUCCGGCCAACGGCUCCCCACCCCGGGGAGGAGGAAUUGAGAAGGGCCCGCCCAAUCUCUCUGCGGACAUAACUACCCCCGCCAGGCUGCCUUGCCACACUCCGCCUUCUGCUCUGCUCAGCGAGACAUGUGUCACUCCCGCAGCUCCCUGCCUACAAUGACCGUCUUGCGAGCCCGGACGCCCCCCCCUUCCACUAGCCCGGGACCCCGGCGGGGGUCUGGUCCAGAGAUCUUCACUUUCGACCCUCUCCCGGAGCCCGCGGUAGCCCCUGUCACGCGCUUCAGCGCCUCUCGCGGGCACCGCAAGCGCAGCCGCAGGGUCCUCUACCCCCGAGUGGUCCGGCGCCAGCUGCCACCCGAGGAACCAAACCAUGCCAAAAGGCUUCUCUUCCUGCUACUCGCCAUCAUCUUCUGCCAGAUCCUGAUGGCCGAAGAAGGGGUGCCGGUGACCCUGACCCUGGAGGACGCCCCCAGCGACGCUUCCCCCGCGCCCAUCCCUGCGCCCCCAGUUUUCGAGCCGUUUAAUCUGACCUCAGAGUCCUCGGACUACGCUCUGGACCUCAGUACUUUUCUCCAGCAACACCCGGCGGCCUUCUGACAGUGACUUGAUACCCCUUACCACCAAAAAU